AUGAAGUGGCUGCAUCGCCAUCUCUGGCUGCCACUGCUCAUUCACACGGGACUCAUCGGAGACCUUCGCAGGUGGGAGUGGAGAGCAAGCUUCAAGUGGGGCACGCUUGAGGAGGCCACAGAGUCGGCCAAGCGGCUCAGAGAGGAUAUCCCGCACCUGCAGGAGGAGCUUGCCAGAGUUGCGGUAUACAAGGAGGAAUCCCGCGCCAGCUUGGAGAAGAAUCCGGACAACGGGGUUCAACGGAUAGGAUACAACUUCUGGUCAGAGGACCACGAAUUCCUCCGCGGCCGCUUGCAAGAGUGCCAGCAGAUCCUGUGCAGGGCGGAGUACGCCAUCUACAAAUUCAAUCAGGCGAAUCAGACGGGUGGGCAAGGAUGACACACAACACAGACAGAGAGAGAGAUGUGCACACGUGGGGCUUUCAUUGCUUUAUUUACUUUCAGCUCCACAAGUAAACGCCCAUCCAGCAGCUGCGCCAGUGACCUCCCGUCCGGAAGCUGCGCAGCAGGUGAGCACAGCUGUCCAGGUAGACCUCGGUCCGGCAGCUGCGGAAGUGACCUCCCGUCCGGAAGCUGCGCAGCAGGUGACCAAAGCUGUGCAGGUGGACCUCCCUCCGCCAAGGUCAUCGCUUUGCCGGAGUCGGUCUUGCCCAGCACUCACGGCUGCUGCAGGUAAAGGCCUGCAAUGAAUGGCGUAUAUGUCUGUGGCUCAUGGUCGAUUCACUCGUGCUGUCUGAUCGUUUAGAUGACCGGAGCCCUCCUUGUGGCGGCCAUGGCGACACGGACGCGCCCCUGUCACCCGAGCCGAGGAUGAUACAAGCAGUGGCGACGCUAGCGGCCCCAGCUGUCGCGGACUCUCUGCGGCUGCGGCAGGGCCAGACAGCAGCCGGGAGCGUCGACUGA